AAUUUUGUUAAGCCAGUCCUAGAGCUUACACACCCUUUUCUGUUGGUGCCUCUCGGGUUGCCUGGGAGCUCAGGCCCAUCUGUCCUUACUAUUUUUGAGUCUCUGUUGUCUCAUUGGCGGCUUUCUGAACAGCUGCAAAACAUACUUUUAACUCUAAGUGGAAGUUUGGGUCACUGGCUACCCGCGUGGAACAGUCACUCUCAUCAAGGGUUCUUUCAGCGGAGAGUUCUCUAGUUUUACGGAUUCUCGCACCACAGCGGACAGCUGGCUCAUCCUUUCCGCGGCUCCUCAACCUCGGGUCACUAGGCUCCGGUGACACCGCAAGCGGGACCGAGAGGCGGACGGCAGGCACAGGGCCCGGAAGGACAAUGCUGCGCGGAAAGUCCCGGCUCAAUGUGGAGUGGCUAGGCUACUCGCCCGGCCUGCUCCUGGAGAACGAUCCACUCGCCGCGGGACGGACACCACGAACCCCCCGUGGAAAUGAAAACUCUUUAGCUGCGACCCUGAAGACACUCCUGUUCUUCACGGCUUUAAUGAUCACAGUUCCUAUCGGGUUGUAUUUUACAACUAAAUCUUAUAUAUUUGAAGGUGCCCUUGGAAUGUCCAAUAGAGACAGCUAUUUUUAUGCUGCAAUUGUUGCUGUUGUUGCUGUUCAUGUGGUUCUGGCCCUGUUUGUCUAUGUGGCCUGGAAUGAAGGCUCACGACAGUGGCGUGAAGGCAAACAGGAUUAAAGCGAACAUCACCUUUUGAUAGCAUGAAAUUUAUUUUUUGAAUAUGUUAAAUAAUUGUGGGAUAUUGAUAAUAAAUACAUUCAUUUGAAUAAAAUUAAAAGAACAUGGUAAAAUCAAGUCUUAAAGAGUCAGUCGCAUUUGGCUAAAUUUUGACCCACCCAAUAAUAUGGUUACUUUGAACUUUGAAUCUCCAUUUGCAAAUGAAAAUUUGGGAAAGUUGGAUAGGUACAGAUAUAUAUGUUAAACGAGUUAUUGCUUAUCCUAGCAAGAAUUUACAUAUCUUACAAUAACAAAAAAUUAUAGUGAUUCGGCUUAUACUUGCUUUUCAGUUUUAUUUAUUUGGAUAUAUUAAGAAAUACUUAGUAAAGCAAAUAAUCUAAAUUUCCAUUUUGGGUUGGGGAUUUAGCUCAGUGGUAGAGUGCUUGCCUAGCAAGCGCAAGGCCCUGGGUUCGGUCCCCAGCUCCGAAAAAAAAAAAAAAAAGAAAAGAAAAGAAAAAAAAUUUCCAUUUUUACUGAAGGACUUCCCUGGAAAAUACGAGGCAGGCUCUUGGGUUUGAGAUUCUACUUUUCCUAAAAGUUACUUACAUUGUAGGCAUUUUCAUUAAUCUGACUUUUUAGUCAGUGAGUAAAGAUCGCUCUCACAUUCCAUUAUUUUGUGGGGAAAGUCACUGAAAUCACACUAUUCAUGCAAAAGGACUUAGGGUUACUGAGGACAGAGGACUGGGCUGACUGUCAGCAUUGUAUCACACUAACAUUGUGCCCUCAUUUUGCCUUGAAAUUAGGUUUCAGUUGCAAAGGUUAUCGAAAUCCCAUUUAAUGUGUUGUCUUAGUUUAAAAUGGUAAAUGAUAAGUUUUAGAAUACCGAAAUGUUCAGCAUCCAUCCACUGAGAGUAUACAGUCUUAAACAUCACAAUUCGUAGGAGGGGUUCUUGAAGGUUUUUGUCUGUUAAUCUUUUUUAUGACAGCUAAGUUACAUCCUGAGCAUAGAUUACAUCUUAAUAUAAUCCUUGAAGUCUUUUUUGAUGAGAACAACCUUGUCCCAGAAAAAAAGCCCAGUUACCUUGGUACCUUCAGUCUAUGGUCAGACAAACCACUUGAUACUGUGUAUAUAUAUAAAAACACCGUCCCCCAAAUAUUUAUUUCCAAUUAAAAGAACAUAAUAUAUUCUGUAAAACACUGGAAAAUACAUAUAAAAAUUUAAGGGUAAAAAUUUGCCCAUAAUGUUACUACUUGCAGAUUAUCAGUAGUGUAGUUCACAAUCCCUGUACAGUUUGAAUGAUGUUUCUUAAUGCUGGUUACAUAUAUACUAAAACCUUGAAGUUGAUCUUGUCAACUUCACCAAAGAGCUGUUUGCGGUUUUUCAGAUGUGUGAUAAUUGCCCAUUGUCUUAUAAAGCAUAUACUAUCUUUAUUAUUUUAACAUUCCCAUUUCAAUGUUUUUACCAUAAAGAAAUAUAAAAGUCUGAGGUGAUAACCCAGUUUAAAUACUAUAUAACAUGCAUAUCUCAAAAUAUAUGGCACUCAUAAGCAUGUAUGCUCCUUGUUUUUAAUAUAUCAAUUAAAUUGAAUUGUAAAAAUGAAGAAAGUUCAAACACUUGUUACUGGUAAUCCUAAUAUAAUGAAUGGCCCCUACUUUAAUAUUUGCCAUUAUUGAUUUGUUGGUCUGCUGUCAUUUUCCUGGUGUGGAACUAGACUAGAAAUAGGUGAUUAGGCAUAAAAAUCUGUGCUUGUGUUACAUUAUUGUUGCAAAAAACAAGAUUAACGUGAUUAUUAAAAGAUUGUUCUUAAUUCUUUAAUGGUUAUAUGUAGUUUAAAUGUAUUUAAAACUGAGUAUUCUAACUAUGAGAGUCUUAUUUUGUAAAGUCUGCAGUUUUUAGUAUUAUGCUAUUUGAGUCUUAGACAUUAUGUGCUUGAUUUCUAGUUAGUUUUCUUAUUAGGUGGCCUAUUGUAUUUAGAAUUGUCCACUCAGUUUCUUUUUGUGUAAUGCCAAGACUUUUUUUCUUGUAUUUUAGGAAUAUUGUACUAUUUGUAAAAUAUACUGUUGGAUUACUUUGUUUUAUUUCAGACAUUUGUUAAUUAAUGGUACAGGUCUUUUUAAAAAGUCUUUUAACCAGGGAUACAUGUAAACACAUGUAGUUUUCUCCCUUGGGAAUAAAGUAUAAUGUGUUUGAAAAUUAAAAUAUUCACAUUGGUGUUUAGAAUGAUUAUAAAUUUUGUUUUAAAGCCAUUUUUCUAGGAUUUUGACUGCUCAUUUAGGAGUUUGCUGCUCUUAGCUAACAUUUUUUCAAGGUUUUUAUCUAGUUUCCUCUUUCACAAAAUUCAUAUUUCAUGAUGUGUUCAAAGAAAAGCUCCAGCUGAACUGCUAAGUGUUUUCUGGCAGGAAUAUGUUCACUGAUGUUCAAAACCUGAUCGUAAUGGUGAUCUCAGUUAGGGAAUAUAACUUGAAGUGUGAGUGCCAGCUCCUGAUUUAACCCCAUUUGCUGUAACAGUACUUUCCCCAUCUCCUCAUUUGCCUCCUGAAUAAUCCUUUCUCUCAAACUAAUGCUAAACUAAUGGAAGUUCCUGUAGGAUGUAGCUGGUACCACUGACUCUUCAAAUGGAUGCCAUUUCACAGGUUAGGGUAGUGUUCUGGUUUACAGUGAUAGUGAAGAACUGGGUAUUUCAUGGGAAUCUAACAGUAAUUAGAAUAACUUGAAAGUUUACAUCAGAAAAGUCAUAUUGAACCAGCUAUGCUGGAAUAUGCUUGUACUUUCAGUAUUUUAGGAAGCAGAUGCAGGAGGAUUAGGACUUCAAGGCCACCCUGGGACGUCAUGAGACCCUGUCUCAAAAGAACAGCAGUAACAACAAAACCUACAAAAACAAACAAUUUGGCUUUAUAGAAAGAAGCAACCAAUGGGCUUGUGCUUAUUUUCAUAUAAAUCUCAUGUAGACAGGACAUUCAAAUGGGUAAAUAAAAGUAUACAAGUAAGACGUACCCAAGGAAGGCUGAUGCUGAAGGUGUGUGAAAGAAAGGGUCCUGUUUUACGUAUAUCCAUUGUAUCUCCAGACAGUUUUGUAUUUAGUGUCUAAGCAUAGUAAAGCUGUAGACAGGGUUCAAUGACAGGAUGGUAUUUGUCACUUGUCUUCAGUUAAUAGCAGGUUUCUUUACUGUGUUAUUCACUAGUAAAAUACACAACUAUUCAGAUUUUGCUCCUAAAUUUUAAGGUUAUUUUUACCAGACCUGUGCUGGAGUAUACUCUAAUAGUUCGACAAAACUUUUUUCCUUGGGGGGAUGGAUUUACCAUAAAAAUAAAGGACUUUCAGAAAGACUGGGAAUCUACCCACCAAUGCAUAACCUGUGAAUUUCUUAACUCUUUAUUCAUUUACAAAAGUCUAGAAUCUUUCCAUAUCGCUGCUGGCCACACUUAAACCUGUGUUAAUUUCUACGUGUGCUUUUAGUAUCUGUUCUUUUAAAAAUGUUCUGUAAGUCAUAUUGUCAAUUUUACAAUCUAGUCUUCCUUCCAUGUUUGGUGAAAUCUCACUGAACAGGAAUAAUAGCAAUAGCUAACAACAUCUGCACAGCACCUUACAGUUUGCAAAGAACGUUCACAUAUUCUUGUCUGAGUGAACAUGUUACAGAGAUGUCCCUUGAUGUCAAUGCUAAGUGUUAGAAUUUUCAGUCACAGUGUUACUGGCCUUGUUGUGGCACUGAUUAGCAUACUGAUGGGGGUGGGGGUGGGGUGGGAGUGCCAAUGUGCUGUCUGUGAAGCUUGUAUCAUCACAAUGGGGCCUGGAUGUCUUAGCCACUUGCAUCAGACUGACUUGUUAAGUGAUGCUUUUCUAGUCUACCUGAAUGGGUUUUGUAUUUAGCAUAUUAUGGCCUGUAAUUUUAUUAAUUUACCAUUUGUUGUCAUUAAAAAGUGUCUGUAAUGCUA